AAACUUGUAUGGCUAAGGUUUCUCUCUUCUCGAGAGCUAGCAUUUGGAUCGUUGGGUGUUUUAUGAACCUCGAUCGAUUGUUUCGGAGUUACAAAUGGUGAAUCGGAACUUUGAUUCUCUGUUAUUGAUUGGAAUCGUGGUUUGACUGUAUCAAAGGUAUCAGAGCCUUACGAUUCUCGGAAUCAAUGGAGGAAACAAGAGCUUUGACGAAGAUGGAAGAAACUGUCGUUCGUGAAGCGGCGGAGACGUUGGGUUUGCGAAUAAAAAAGCUUCAUCGGAGAAUUUCAUGGGAAGAGUUUAACGAGAGAUGGUUCAAGGGACUUUGUAUGUUCUGCGAUGAACCGGAGACUCCGGAUCACCAUCUGCAUCACAAGAAUUCAGGAAUUUUGAUGAUAGAUUGUGAUGACGAUCAAAUGUCUCAUGACAAAGAAUUGGUUGAAACUGAGGUUGCCACAGAAUCGAGUGAAACUGAGCAAGGAACAGUGAAUCAUGGGGCAACUGCAGACAUGAAUUUGGCACUCUUGGAGGAAGAAUCGAUUCCACAAUUUCAGGUACCAAUUGCUAAUUCUGAGAUUUUGAAGAGUGGUGAACUUAGGGAAGUAAAGUUGGAAACACUAGAAGUUGUGGCGAUGAACAAGAAUCUGGUGCAAGAUGGAUUUCAAGAGAACGUUAACAAGAGAUUUGAUGUUGAUGGUAAUGUUGAGAAGAGUCAAAAAUUUGUAAGUAUCACAACAAAUUACUCUGCACACCAGGUGUUCGGUAAAAUGUCUCAAUAUAAAGAAAAGCUGGGAACAAAGAAGAAAACAAAAGGGUUUAAAUCUUGGAUGUUCAAAUACAAAUCUGCUAAAGGAAACAUAAGGAAACGAGACAAUCAAGGAUGGCAAAAUUUGAGAAAGAAAAUGCUUUCAAAGACUUGGUGGUUUAAGCUCCAAAAACAUGUUAUGAAAGAAGAUGUCCAGCAGAUCCUAUUGGCUUCUCUACAUAUGAGUGCUAUUGAAACAGGAUAUGCUAUAGGCGAAUAUGGUGAGAUGUUCACAUUGGCGAGGGCUAUUAGCAUGAGAAGUAUGCUUGGUUUAAUGUUUGAGAUAAAAGUGAGUGAUGGACGUCAUGGUCAACAAGCUGUGUAUGAACUGAUUGUAAUGGUGUAUGAGCUGUUGUUGCAAACCAGUUUGGUUAUUCAGCAGGUGAUGAGAAACAUAAAGAUCAAGUUUUCCAAGCGGUGGUGGUUCAAGUACAAAUCUGUGAAAGAAGGUAUGAAGAGACUACACAUUGAGUUGAGUUAUAAGUGCAAGUUGGAAUUUGAAGAUUGGUUUAAAAUUUGGAACAGCAGAGAUUGGCUUAAGUACAAGACUAUGCCACUUCAAGUAAUUUUAAAUAUGUUGUUUGUGAGGAUCAGACAUGAAUCACAGAAGAUUUUAAGCAUAGUGAAGCUGCUGUUCCAAAACAGUUUGGUGCAUCACCAACAAACGGUGAAUGCAGAUGAUGAAAAGCAUAUAAUGGUGUGUGUUGACAAGAGUGAUGGUCAGUUGUUGUGGAUGGCGUUCGUCAGAAAACCUGCAAUAAGGGCUGUCCAGAGGAUUUGGGAAAAAGAGACUCAUGAUGUUGAUAUUAUUGAUGCAAAUUCUGUUCUACAAGAGGAGUUUGAGCAAGUCGUGAACCACACUCCAUUUUCUGUGGUCAAGUUAGGAAGACUUAAGGAUCCUGAUGCGCUGCGAUUACUUUUACAUGGUGAUGAGAGUUUCCAAAUCAAGCACAAAUGGCGAUUUAAACUCUUGCCAGUGAUCUUAGAGUGGGAGUUAUAUUCAGACCGUCUUGUGCUCGUCACUAACUAUGCGCAACAACUUGACAUCUCAAGACUGAUGAUUCUUAUGAGUGUGGGAUGGUUUACAAAUCUGAGAAACCAACUGCUCUUUACAGCCUUGAAUGGAGUAUACAUUAGAUGUUUUAUGCAAAUCAUAUAGCUUUCUUCUCUACAAACCUUGAGGUCAAGGUUUCUUCAAAGGAGGGAGAUUUGAUAUAGGAAAAGGGAGUGAUAUUAUCAUAAAGACACGUGUCGGUGGAUGAGUGGAAACAAGAGCUGUGAGACGUGGCAAGAGUGGAUUGGUUAGUGGAUGUUUGGCUAGAGGAAGAAUCGAGAAGCGGAGAUAUAUAGAAGACUGAAGAUCAUUGUAAACAUUAAUCGAAAAUCAUUUGUAAAACUUGGAGAUUCUGAAACUUGUAUUGCUAGGUUUCUCUCAUCUUGAGAGCUAGCGUUUGAUCGUUUGGGUGUUUUAUGAACAUCGAAAUGAUUCUUUGGGUUACGGAUUGUUAAUCGGAGAUUUGAAUUCAUUAUCGGAGAAAUUGUGAAGUUUA